CUCCACUCAUACCGAAGCUCACUCGAGCUGCUCAGCCCUCUUUUCUCUCUCUCUUUUUCCUUUCUCUCCUCCAUCUUCUAUCGAGGAUCAUCGACUAUCUUCUCCUCUUUCUAUUGUUUGGGCUUCCCUCCUAUUCGUUCAUUAAAAAAACCUUGGUCCCUGAAGCCAUUGGUCUCCUGCCAUAGCUCCCUGAAGUCGGCAAGCUACCCUCGUCUUAUUCGCCUCAGUUGUCAGUGGUAAGCUAGCUUGGACAGGACGACCAACAACACAGAACAGGACGGAAUGUAUCCUUGAUUGAGGGUACUGUUCGACACAUUCCUUUUUCUAAACUUACAGGACGGCUUUUCUUGGAGACUCUAAUCAUCGAUGUCAACAACAACCUAGACGUACUCGUUCAGUUGUGAAUAGCAAGAGUGAUUCACUGGGCAAUACACCACGCUGGCUGGUACCUGCGUCUUGAGCUGUAAUCCUUUGAAGCAUCCUUACUCACUACUCCGUCGUUUACAACAACUUCGCUGAGCUUAAAGCUCCAAUCUCUCUCUUAACUUUCCCCUUCACUGCGGAACUUUCCAUAUUUGGGCCCUCUGUCCUUCAUCUCGGCUCAAUCCAUUCACAUCGAUUCAACUUUGGUUUCUAGUCGUCUCUUCUCUUUUCUGCGCGUGCCCCCCAUGUGUGCUAUGUGGAAGAGCCAUCCAUGACUGGUUCCAAAUGAACUUGGCCCUGCUUGUCAACUGGUUUCAUCAGCCCCGCUCACCUCGACCGCCACAACUCUGGAGCUGGCCGACAUCUCCAGCUCGCCGCCUGUCACCUCUGGCCAUCUUAUACAAAGCUCGCAUAUCCACAACCGAAAUUGUACGCCGCUUCUUUCUGUUCUCCUCUUCUUCCUUCUUUGAUAUCACUUGCUUUACAUUCUUGUCGUCUGUUUCUUCUCCCUUUUAUAACUCCAGUCCCCAGUUGAGACUUGUAUUAGAGGAACCACGAGACAGUUACAGCCAAAACAGCAAUAGUUUUUGGCAACUCUUUCCUUUCGAUGUUGUUGUUUUGCUCCCUGAUUUGCUUGAUCACUUGAUCUGGCUGAAUCGUACCGCCAGAGCUACCCAGAUUCUCAAGCGUGGAGUGCAAUCUUGUUGUAUAACAUCGUUGCCCGCCUCCAUUGCCCAGCACUCAGUUAACUGUUUCUUAUCUGUUAAAAAAGUCAAUUGCAGCAAGCCCCAGCCUCCCAACAAUACAUGCGCCUUCCAUAUCCACGCAUUCACUCUUGCCGUACAAAUGUCCCCACUGGCGUAGCCCAGCUACCAUACAACGAUGCUUACCGUCAAGCAGCCACCAACUUACGGCUACAAGUCCGUCCAUGAUCUCCCGACUCCGCCUUCAACCUCUCGACCUUCUCCCCCCUUGAUAAAUCGAGAACCAGCAAGCAAUUCUCCGCCUGUCGCCUACCGGGGACACAGUCCACCAUCACAGCCCAUGUCGGCUCCUCAUCGUGGCCUGCCCCCGCCGGCAGCCAUGACUCUUCCUCCCCAGCAGCCCCCAACGGCUGGUGCUCCUCCACCUACACAUCUUCCACCCCAUCCGCCUCCUCCGCCCCCGCCACAAGCAUCCUUGGGCCCCUCUGGUCACCAGCAGAGAGAUUCAUGGGGCCAACUACCUGCUCCACCUCAGCAAUGGCAAGGAGCAGAGGAAUCCAUGAGACAUUGGCUACAGGCGAGGGCGGAAGAGGAUAAGAGAAAGCAGGAAGAAGAGCGGACGAGGCAGGAGAGUUUGCGUCUAGAGCAGCGUAAAGUUGAAAUGGAUAUGCUGCGGACGUCGCUUCAGGCAGGUAUACCUCCUCCCAUGGUUCCUUUGGUGUUUGCAGGCAUGGGGAGCGGAGGAGUUGCGCCACAGGCUGCCCUGGAAUGGGCUCAGCAGUUCAUGCCUCCUGGACAGGCUCCUCCCCGUGCCCAGAUCAUGCCCGCGCAGUGGUCUGUGUCGCCUGAACACCAGCGAGAAUCUCAAACACUGUCGCAUACCCACGCACAGCACCCGGGCAUUCCAUCUGCAUCGACCCCAGCAGCCGGGUAUGUGUAUCCGCCAUCACCAUCAAGGCCUCGGGGCCAGACAGUGAGUAGUGUUAUAGGACGACCCAUGGGCAUAUCGACAUUACCGAGUAUCAACACCAACGUACCACAGCCCGCACACGCUCCUCCGAUGCACUCACAUCAGCAUCCGCAUAUGCAGCAACAGCAGCAGCAAGAAUCCCAGUCGAGUCCUUCGAUAUACUUUCACCACUGGCAGCCACCAACAUCACAAGCUAGCGGAAGCUCGAACCGACCCGGAAGUCCUUCUGGGGAAACUCCCAGAAAGCGCAAAGCAACAGGGCAUCAUGCCCCUUCCCCCACCCGCAGUGAGCAGCGAUAUCGGUCACCUCCGCCUCUUAGUCAAAGCAGCUCGUCGAGCGCGGCUUUUCGUGGAUCGCGACGUGGUCAUUCACGUCAAAGAAGUGACAUGUCACCCUUCAGAGUCAUCGGGCCGGGACGGUCUCGCAGAGAGAGUUUUGGCGGACCUUUACGCCGAAUGUCACCGAUACGCGCCUCCACUCCCAUGCCCUCACAAGAAAGACCGGGCAACGAGAACAAACAGUCAGUCUCAGCUAUAUUGUCAGAGGAGCCACCGCCCAGCACACGGUAUCCAGGGCCCCAUCGCUCGAGCGAAGAGCAAGAUAACCGCUACAAGCAGCCAUCAUCUGGAGAUUCAAAGCCACAUCGAAGCAUCGAAGAAACCUCAAAAUUGCGAGAAGAUUCAGGGGAAGGACAAGGCGCUUGAUGGUAGUGCACCCUAGGCGCGGUUUUGUCGAUCGGCUCUGACGCUUAUGCGCCACAUGCAGUCAUUUUAUGUCUAAGCGUGGCUUUCAAUUAAUUUACGAUAAUCCACAAAUCACACACAAACAUGAAGGGUAAUUUGCCCGGCCGGAUUGAUCAACUAUCCCUGGCUUGUUAGUAGGCAUACUCGAAUCAAUACUCUGUACCACCUACCUAUCGAGGCAAAUAUGCAUCAGACAAGUUGAGCGGCUUUCCCUCAUGGUUACUACUAAAAACUCGGACUCAGACUCAUCGAAAUUGGUCCCUUGGCUUUACAUCAGUCUUUUAGACGUUUGCGCCGCAACUUUGUUUUAAAUAUACGUCUCGUUGAGCUGCACUGGAGAGGGCAAGGGUUGGCUAAAGGUUGGGUGCACGGUACAAAACGGAGUUUUUUACUUUGAUUUUCGGUUCAAUAAAACUAAGGCAUGAAGGAAUAGCAUUGGGUACAGCGGGCUCGGGCUCGAUGAGACGAAGGAAAGGAAGAAAAUGGGAAUAUUAUUUGAUCUAUGGACAGUUAUAGACACCCUAUGGACUUAGAUUGAGGAGGAUGAAGUUUCGCAGCUUCAGGCAAUGCAGAACUGACAUUCUCAAGGAGGUCAAUUUGAGCGUCAUCAAACAGACUCAGAGCGGAAUGAACAACAACAAUUGUCGCAGACCGAGGAAUGGAGAGCACUCUCGCCAUUGUUUAUUUUGAAUGUCAAGCCAC